ACGACACGAAUUUCCUAACCUUACACAGAUAAAAGUUUUGCUUUUUAAAAUUCAAAAUAAUAACAAUAAUAAUCUUUAAUCUUUAUGUUUUGGAUAUGGGAGAUAAGACUUUCUGCAUAAAGAGCAUAAAAAGACUUACACCAGUUUCUGAAGUAUUAAUAACUGCAAACUUCGAUUUUUCUGAAGCUCUAGAAUCAGUUUAUCCAUUACUAGACAUUAUAUUUGAUUACCUAGACUUUAACGAUUUAACGAGGUGUUGUCAAGUCAAGAACUCAUGGAAAGAAAUUGCAGAAAAUAUUUUAAGCAAAAGAGCCCAAGCCAGUUGGUUUACAUGUUUUAAAGGAUCAACAACCAAUUGUUUUGAGCAUAGCGUUAAUCUCAAUUACAAUAAUGUAGGAUUUGGAAUAAUAUUGUAUGAUUUUAGGAGAAUCAAGCUAAAUAAAUUUAUUUGUGUACAUACAGAGUGGGAGGAGUUGUCAAGAAAAACAGUUCCAGAGUAUUUUGAAGAAGAAUUUGUCCCACAGAAAACUGACUACUGCGUUAUAUCAUGCGCGAAAGUUAUAUCAUAUUUCGAUAGCAAGAGUAAAAACAUAUGUAAAGCAUCUUAUUUUGAUGGUCUAUUCUUCCCAAAAAUUCCCAAUGUGAGAAUGACGAUGUUUUACUGUAAUCCCGUCAAGAAGGAUGGAAUACAGAAGGUAGUUGAUACCUAUAUAAAUCCAAACGAAGAGGUCAAGUGUUUGCUUAUGUUUUCAACGACUGAUCAGAAAAAACCACUGUAUAAUUUACUGAAAGCCCUUAUACCAGAAAAUGAAGCACCUUCUGUAGCAGUAGCUGGAGGUAUCAUAAGAGGAACAAAAACUUUCCAACAGAUCCAUGCUGCAAAACGGAUAUACACAAAUAAAGAUAUAUUUUCAAUAGUUUUCCUGAAGGACAAAAGCGAGGAGACUGACUUCAAUGCUUUUUCCUGUGUUAUUGUAGGAGAUGACUUGUCCAAAGAUGAAUUUGCUGAAAAGCUAGUAAAGUUUAGACAACAAGUGUUGUUAAGAACCCAAACAGUAGCCAUAAGGAUAUGUUGUUCAGCCAAAGUUGAUGCUGACGAAGAACCUUUAAUUUUCAGUAAAAUAUUCCCAGGAAUACCAGUUUUUGGAUUCCAUGCCGACGGAGAGAUAGGAUGGGAUUGUGUUUUGCAUCCUAAAGCACCGUGUGAUUCUGAAGAACAUUUGCCAAAAAAAGCCAAGCAUAGAUAUCCAAAUGUGAGUCAUCAAUGGUCAACAGUGUUUGUUUUGAUUACUUGGGGUGCCAUAUUAUCCUAAAUGUUGUGUGUAAUUGUUGUUUUAUAUUUUAAAGUAUUUUUUGUAGUAUUAUAAUCGUUUUGGGACAAAAGGAUAGAUUUUUAAUUCAAAAGACAAAAAAAAUAUUAUUUCAUAAGUUUGCACUUGGUGAAUGGUCGAUGUAAUAAUUAUUAAUAAUUGGAAAAAACUCCUACCUAUUAUUUCUUAUUUGAUUAGUUUUUGUAGUGUAUCAAGGUUUCACUAUAUUACUAAACGGUCCGAUAAAAGAAAUAAGAGCCUGUAAAAGAAAAACAAAAAUUUUGGUAAAGCAUCUCAACAUAAUCUGCUUUUAGCUGAAUAAACUUGACCCAGCGAUGCUACAACUUCUUUAACCCGUCUGAAAAAUACGUUUUCUCGAGGUCUGCAAAGUAGGUUUCCGUAGCCGUAAUGAACUCAUAAUUCGACUUAAAUUGCUGCCCGUCGAGUGACUUCUUUAAGUUUGGAAACAAAAAGAAGUCGCACGUAGUGAUGUUGAAAAAGUAACUAUUCGUUACAAAGUACUAGUUACUUAGGAAUACCGAAAGUAACGAUUACUAUACAGAGAGGCAAAUCGUUACUUUGAUUACUCUGAUUACUUCGUACCAAUCGUAUCAGAGCGAGUAACGACUAUUGUAUCUACUUUGAUUACUUCGUACCAAUCGUAUCAGAGCGAGUAAUGACUAUUGUAUGCAAUAUUUGUAUACAAUAUUAUUGUAUUGUAUCGUUACAAAAUACAAAAGUAACAAAAGUAAUCAUAGUAAUAAUUUUUAUCCCUUAAACAGAUCGGUGAAGGUCGUUGUUAUAUCGGAAUAUACAAAAUACCUAUCUACUGAGAAAUACGAUUCUCGAUAUGAUAACCGGUACUCAAAUAUAAAAGUACACCACGUACAAAAUCUCGUGAACCUGAGUCGAUAAUUUUGUGAUGUCAAUCUUCGCACAAAACGAUGUAAUAGGGCAUUACUGAAAACAUCAGGGUGCAGAUCGGUCCCAGUCCCGCAAUUUAGUAUGAAAUUAAAAUAUUCUAAUGUUUUUAGGCCUUGUUAUUUUUUUCGGUUAUUUGUAUUUUCAAGGUUCAUGAGGUUUUGCACCAACAAUAACAAAAGUAAUCAUAGUAAUCAAAGUAACGAAUACUGUAAUGAUUACUUUAUACAAAAUACCUACCUACUGAGAAAUACGAUUCUCGGUAUGAUUACCGGUACUCAAAUACAAAAGUAAUCAUAGUAGUCAAAGUAACGAAUAUUGUAAAUGAUUACUUUAUACAAAAGUAACGAUUUGUAACGAAUACUCGAAAGUAACUAUAAUCAAUAUCACUAGUCGCACGGGGUCAAAUCUUGAUAACACAGCGGAUAUGACUGCAGUUCGUAGCCUAGUGCGACCAGCUUGGCCAUGGUGACGACAGAGGUGUGAGUCGGUGCAUUGUCAUGAUGUAAAAGCACUUUUUUACCAAAUGGGGCCGAUUUUUCGGCAUAGUAGAAUCCUGUGACCGUUUUGCCCUUCUUUAGGUAGUCAAUGAUCACACCUUGUGAAUCAGUGAAUCCCAGAAAUGGUGGCAUCACCUUUCCGGUCCAUACAAUAGUCUUCGUCUUAUUCGGAGUCCGACACUGCUCUGAAGUGGUCUCACGGUUGCACUUAUUGUCCGAGGUGAGCGAACGCUGACAGCUUUCUCAUGCCCAAAAUUUCAUGCAGGAUGACCCACGCAGUCUUUUGAGAUGCCUACUGUCUCAGCUAUCUCGCGCACCUUCGGUCAACGGUCUGCCAAUACAAUAUCUUGGAUGUUUGUCACGUUAUCCUCCAUAGAAGCCGUUUUCAUGGCGCCUAGGCGUGGCUCAUCAAAAAUAGAAGUGUGACCACGUUGAGACUUAUUAAACUCAUUUUUGACGGUUUCUGUUAAAGGAGUAGAGUCACCGUAUGCAGAAUCCAAUCACUCUUUCUUUUCGAUUCUCGAUUUCCCUUCCAACGACAAGAAUCAAAUCAUGGACUCAUAUUGCUCUUUUUCCAGUAUUCUAAAAUUCGCGGACAAGAACUAUUGAUAAAAUCAAUUUUAAGUUUUGUUUCUGUCUAUCCGUUUAUCCAUAACGUUAUGAUUUUUUAUAAAGUAUUUUGUGCUUGCUGUACUUAUUUUUAUUUCUGAAACAUACUUAUAAGAAUUAAUAUUUUGUAUUUUAUAAUAAACGUUGUUGAUAGUCA